UCCCGUCCCUUACUCGCGGCCCCUCUCCGUGAUUCGCCUCAAUCUCGGUCACUGAGCGUAUUGUUAUCGAUCGCCGCCGCCCGCCGGCCACUGCGGCCACGUCCCUCUGGAGGAAAUUAGAAUAUGAAGAAGGAUACAGAGGUGGUGCGGGUGGGGAAGUAUGAGAUCGGGCGGAUGCUCGGCGAGGGCAACUUCGCCAAGGUCAAGCUCGCCCGCCACGUCGAUUCCGGCCGCUGCUUCGCCGUCAAGAUCCUCGAGCGCAAGCGCGUCCUCGAUCUCCGAACCCACGACCAGAUUAAGAGGGAGAUUGCGACGCUGAAGCUGCUCAGGCAUCCAAAUGUUGUCAGAUUGUUUGAGGUCCUGGCAAGCAAGACAAAGAUUUACAUGGUUCUUGAAUAUGAAACUGGCGGUGAGCUUUUUGAUAGAAUUGAAUCCAAAGGAAGGCUUCCAGAACCUGAAGGGCGCAAACUUUUUCAGCAACUCAUUGAUGCUGUCAGCUAUUGCCAUGAGAAAGGUGUAUUCCACAGAGACUUAAAGCCAGAAAAUGUGCUUCUUGACACACAAGGAAACAUUAAAAUAUCUGACUUUGGCUUAAGUGCUCUACCUCAACAAUUUGGGCAUGAUGGCUUAUUGCACACAACCUGUGGAAGUCCAAACUAUGUUGCCCCUGAGGUUAUUGCCAACAAAGGAUAUGAUGGUGCAACGGCAGACAUUUGGUCUUGUGGUGUAAUAUUGUAUGUCAUUCUUACUGGAUGCCUUCCGUUUGAUGAUACAAACCUUGCUGUUCUUUAUCAAAAAAUAUCAAAGGGUGAUGUCCAGAUUCCUAAAUGGCUAUCUUCGGGAGCCCGCAAUAUGAUAAGGAGAAUUCUCGAUCCAAAUCCUCAAACCAGGAUAAAUAUGACUCAAAUCAAAGAAGAUAAAUGGUUCAAGCAAGACUAUACUCCCGUUGAACCUGAAGAGGAUGAGGAAGACAUUGACUCUGAUGUUGAAUCUUUCUCAAUCAGAGAGGUUCCUGAAGCAGACAAACUUGGAGAUGCAUGCCAUCAUAUCAAUGCUUUUGAGCUAAUUGGAAUGUCAUCUUGCCUUGACCUCUCUGGGUUCUUUGAGGAAGAGGAUGCCUCCAGUAGAAAGAUCAGAUUCACCUCAAACUGUCAACCAGAAGAAUUGCUAAAUAAAAUUGAGGACAUUGUCACGUCAAUGGGACUUCAAGUACAGAGAGGACAUGGAAAGUUGAAGGUGAUGCAAAACUGUGAGAUUAAAACGAGUGUCAAGUCACUUUCAGCUGUUACUGAGGUGUUUGAACUUGGUCCAUCACUAUACGUUGUUGAACUAAGAAAAACUCAUGGAGAUUCUUCCAUGUAUCGGCAGCUUUGGGCAAAGCUUUCAGAUAGCUUGGGUGUUAGCAAAAGCCAAGAGGUUUUGGCAAACCAGUCAUUGAUGCCAGAGCUUAAAGGAUUAGAAGGAGAGAGUGCUGUGGCUGCCUGAAUACAUAUGUACCGGCUCAAGCCAAUGCUGAGCUUCUAGCCAAGACGGCGGCUGGAUCCAACGGUCGGGCAAUCGCUGGGCUUCUAAGUUCUGACAAAAAAAUAUGGAUGUGUGUUAUUGAAGAGAUCUGAAAUCUAUAUCCGUUAAUGCAGUAACAAUAUCCAUGAUUUAUAAUUUUAUUUGUAGAUUUUACUGCAUCUAUAUAGGUUCAAAUAAACUUGUAAGCAUCACGUAAAGUGAUAAACCUUUAAGACAUCUCUAGCGACUUUAUUCUAUUA